AUGGCCACCGUACUCCCUCCGCCAUCUAAGCGGCAAAAGCGGGAAGAAGUCGAACGCGCCAGUCAACAGAUUGAACAACCAAACAUAUCAGAAGUGCGAGAUAUCAAUGUCCAGUUCCGAGACGCAGACACCGGCGCGGCGCAAGGAUCGGUCGUUCGCCUGUCACUCGCAGAUCUACGACCUCAACAACUGUCACUGCUUUUGAAUAGCUUACUCGAACGGGACGCAUCAGAGCGACUACCAUACCGUUUCUACAACCCACUCGGCGAUGGCGAGUUCAGCCAGGAGCAACUCAUAAAGCAGUACCUCGAUGGCAGCCUUACUACCGAAUUAACCCUCAACAUUCCUUGUCGAGCGGAAGCCGUCUUCAAAGUCCGAGCAGUAACCCGAUGUUCGGCAAGCGUAACCGGCCACGGCGAGUCGAUUCUGACUGCGUCGUUCUCGCCAGCAAGCUCAUCACGACUAGCUACUGGCAGCGGCGACAGAACGGCACGAAUAUGGGACUGCGAUACCGGUACUCCGCUCCACACUCUCAAGGGACACACAGGCUGGGUCCUCGCUGUAGCCUGGUCACCCGACGAUGGCGUGCUCGCGACGGGGAGUAUGGACAGUACCGUACGGCUGUGGGAUCCCGUGAAAGGCACCCCGCUCGGUGCACCUCUCAAAGGCCACACCAAGUGGAUUACAAGCAUUUGCUGGGAGCCUUACCAUCUGCGCGAUCCUGGCCGGCCGCGGUUAGCAUCUGCAUCGAAGGACUUUACGAUCCGGAUAUGGGAUGCUGUGAGCCACCAUACCGACCUCGCCCUGACAGGCCACAAAGGCACCGUCUCAUGCGUCAAAUGGGGCGGCCAAGGCUGGAUCUACUCCGCCUCUCAAGACCGCGAGGUCAAGAUCUGGAACUCCGCGACCGGAACGCUCGUACACACGCUGAAAGCUCAUGCACACUGGGUGAACCAUCUCGCUCUAUCGACCGACUUCGUCCUACGAACAGGCUUCUACGACCACAAGGGCAAGCGCGGCGACGUGCCCGACAUCGUCGAUGCGAGGCGGCGGAAAGCGCGCGAAAGGUACGAAGCCGCUCUUCUCCCCGCCGGUGGCAUCGAGCGACUGGUAACUGCCAGUGACGACUGUACGAUGUAUCUGUGGGAACCUUCAAAGUCUACGAAGCCAAUACAGCGGAUGGUCGGGCAUCAGAAGCAGGUCAACCACGUCACCUUCUCUCCGGACGGCACCCUCAUCGCAUCCGCUGGUUUCGACAAUCACACCAAACUCUGGUCGGCAAAGGAUGGAACAUUCUUGUUCACGCUUCGCGGACACGUUGGGCCGGUAUAUCAGUGCUGCUUUUCGCCAGAUAGUAGGUUACUUGUAAGCUCGAGCAAAGACACGACGCUGAAAGCAUGGGAUGUGCGGACUGGCAAACUGGCGGAGAAUCUGCCUGGUCAUCAGGACGAGGUGUUUGCCGUUGAUUGGUCGCCGGACGGGGAGAGGGUGGGGAGCGGAGGGCAGGAUAAGGCGGUGAGGAUAUGGCGGCAUUAG